AGUUAGCUUUCUUUUUCGGCUGCUUGCUUGAGGAAGUGUGGUGUGCAGUGCGUGCAGCUCUAAACAGUACUAGGCUUUCCUAGCCCCUUAUUGGAAAUAAAUACAUAGAUAAACAAACAAACAAACCAAACCAUCUGCACAAUAAGAUGCCUCCAAAGAAAGGUGAAGCACCCAAGCAGCCUCCCCUUAUCGGACGAUUCGGCACAUCUUUGAAGAUCGGGAUCGUUGGCUUGCCUAAUGUCGGGAAAUCAACAUUUUUCAAUGUUCUGACAAGCAGCCAAGCUGAUGCUGAAAAUUUCCCCUUCUGCACAAUCAACCCUAAUGAGAGCAGAGUUCCCAUUCCAGAUGAAAGAUGGGAAUUUCUCUGUCAGUACCACAAACCUGCCAGCAAGAUUCCAGCCUUUCUGAAUGUGGUGGAUAUAGCUGGUCUCGUCAAAGGAGCCCAUUGUGGUCAAGGUCUUGGAAAUGCCUUUCUGUCCCACAUCAGUGCCUGUGAUGCAAUUUUCCACCUAACACGUGCUUUUGAAGAUGAAGAUAUUAUUCAUGUUGAAGGAACCGUUGAUCCUGUCCGGGAUAUUGAAAUCAUUCAUGAAGAACUACGCCUGAAAGAUGAAGAACUGAUCAUGCCAAUUAUAGACAAACUGGAGAAAGUAGCUGUGAGAGGGGGUGACAAGAAAUUAAAACCUGAAUAUGACAUAAUGUGUAAAAUCAAGAGCUGGAUAAUAGAUGAGAAGAAGCAUGUUCGUUUCUAUCAUGAAUGGAACGAUAAGGAGAUUGAGGUGUUGAACAAGCACUUAUUUUUGACUUCAAAGCCAAUGAUUUAUCUGGUGAACCUUUCAGAAAAAGACUAUAUUCGAAAGAAGAACAAGUGGUUGGCAAAAAUUAAAGAGUGGGUGGACACGCAUGACCCUGGUGCCUUGGUCAUUCCUUUUAGUGGUGCUGCAGAACUCAAGAUACAAGACAUGAAUGAUGAGGAGAAGCAGAAGUAUACAGAAGAGAACAAGACACAAAGUGCACUACCAAAAAUGAUUAAGUCUGGAUAUGCAGCUCUUCAGCUGGAAUACUUUUUCACGGCAGGACCUGAUGAAGUACGUGCUUGGACCAUCAGGAAAGGGACGAAGGCUCCUCAGGCUGCUGGCAAGAUCCAUACAGAUUUCGAAAAGGGCUUCAUUAUGGCAGAAGUAAUGAAAUUCCAGGAUUUUAAAGAAGAAGGUAGUGAGACUGCUGUCAAGGCUGCUGGAAAAUACAGGCAACAGGGCAGAAAUUACAUCGUUGAAGAUGGGGAUGUUAUCUUUUUUAAAUUUAAUACACCACAACAGCCGAAGAAGAAAUGAUUUUCAUUUUAAAGCAUUUAGCAUAAUAAAUGAACUGUGCAGCUGGGUAAAGGUGUUUAUUGUUUAAGCCAAAUUAGCUGGAAACUGUGAUUGAUACCUGCCAAGGUUCUGCAGUUCUUCUUCCCAACUGUAUUAUGCCUGUUUGUUUUUGGCUUCAAUAGUACAGCUCCCCCAAAAGCACAGGUCCACUAAAUGUUGACAGCUUUGCUAUUUAAGAUUAAGGCCCUACUCUAAAUUGUAGAAGCAUUUUGGGAGCCAUAUUACCCUUGUGACACUUCAUUAAUCUCCAUCAUGUAAGCCAAACCUGACACAUUUGACAGCAGGGACAAUGCAACUUGCUCCUUUCUGAAUCUACAGAUAAUGCAUGUUUUACAGUACCCCAGAUGUCUACACUCAAUAAAACAUUUGACAAAACCA